GUGUCGGCUCCGGGGGCGGAAGCGGCGCCAUUUGCCGGUGCCGGGGGCGUGAGGAACGGGCGGCACCAGCACCAGAACCACCAGCACCACCAGAACAACCACACCGCCAGCACCACCAGCACCAUGCCGGGAGCGCGGCGCUCGCUGGCUGCCCCGGUGGUGAGCGGCGUUCUCUGCCCUUGCGGCUCCCACCGGGCUCCCGGCACGGCCCCCGGCUCAGGGGCGGAGGGCGGCGGGAGCAGCGGCGGGAGCAGCGGCGGGAGCGUGGGCUCCUGCGGGCGGGCUCUGUGCGAGGCCUCCGAACAGGACCGGCGGCUUCGCGCCCUCUUCCAGAAGCUCGACGUGAACCGCGACGGCGCGCUCUGCAUCCACGACUUGGCCGUCGGUCUGGGCCGCCUGGGGCUGCACCGAACCGAGCUGGACCUGCUGAAAAUUGUGAAGGCUGGAGACAAGGACCUGGAUGGACAGCUGGAUUUUGAGGAAUUUGUUCACUAUCUCCAAGAUCAUGAAAAGAAGCUGAGACUGGUCUUCAAGAGUCUGGAUAAGAAGAAUGAUGGCUGUAUUGAUGCCCAGGAGAUUGUGCAGUCUCUGCGGGACCUGGGAGUCAAGAUCUCUGAGCAGCAGGCUGAGAAAAUCCUGAAGAGCAUGGAUAAAAAUGGAACAAUGACAAUUGACUGGAAUGAGUGGCGAGACUAUCACCUGCUGCACCCUGUAGAGAACAUUCCUGAAAUCAUCCUGUACUGGAAGCACUCCACGAUCUUUGAUGUAGGGGAGAAUUUGACUGUCCCUGAUGAGUUCACAGUGGAAGAGAGGCAGACAGGGAUGUGGUGGAGACAUCUGGUUGCAGGUGGAGGUGCGGGUGCCGUGUCCAGAACCUGUACAGCUCCUUUGGACCGCUUGAAAGUGCUUAUGCAGGUCCAUGCCUCCCGCAGUAACAACAUGUGCAUCGUUGGUGGUUUUACCCAAAUGAUCCGGGAGGGUGGCCCAAGGUCACUGUGGAGAGGGAAUGGCAUCAAUGUCUUGAAGAUUGCACCAGAAUCUGCCAUUAAGUUCAUGGCCUAUGAGCAGAUCAAGAGGUUCAUUGGUACUGACCAGGAAAUGCUGAGGAUUCAUGAGCGACUCUUGGCUGGUUCUCUGGCUGGGGCCAUUGCACAGAGCAGCAUCUACCCAAUGGAGGUUCUGAAAACACGGAUGGCUCUAAGGAAGACAGGACAAUAUUCAGGCAUGUUGGAUUGUGCCAAAAACAUCCUUACGAAGGAAGGAGUGGCUGCCUUCUACAAAGGCUACAUCCCCAACAUGCUGGGAAUCAUUCCAUAUGCUGGUAUCGACCUGGCAGUCUAUGAGACUUUAAAAAACACCUGGCUGCAACGCUAUGCUGUCAAUAGUGCUGACCCUGGAGUCUUUGUUCUGCUGGCUUGUGGCACCAUCUCCAGCACCUGUGGACAACUUGCCAGUUACCCACUGGCCCUUGUGAGGACACGCAUGCAGGCCCAAGCUUCAGUGGAGGGAGCUCCUGAAGUGACAAUGAGGGGACUGUUCAAACACAUCCUGAAGACAGAGGGAGCAUUUGGUCUUUAUCGUGGUCUGGCACCCAACUUCAUGAAGGUGAUCCCAGCUGUGAGCAUCAGCUAUGUGGUGUAUGAAAACUUGAAGAUGACUCUGGGUGUGGAGUCCCGGUGACCAGGAGAUGCUGAGGACUUUGAACUCUGAAAUCUUGGGGUGCAAUCCCAAGACGUAUAGCCAUCUCUCAUUCUGUGAAUGUGUUGACACUAAGCUGACUAAGCAAAGCUGUGAAAUCUCAGAUAGUUUGUGCGUCAGUAAGGGGGAGGGGAAGAUCUGGUGUCCUUUGCCAUCUUGCUACUUACUCAGAGCUCCACACGAACCAUCAUGUGGUCCCAUUUGUUGGGCCUUUUGGGAGACCAGGAGGUGAACAAGGGACAGUUUUAAGGUGUGAGCUGCUGAGGUCAGUUCCCAGCAGUAUGGGGAGCAAUGACUUUGGUAGCAGGUCUGCUUUCAGCCUAUUGCACGUACAGAGCUGUUUGCCUGCAGAUGAGCACCUUCCGACUUGCUGAAAGAGUUUCUUUUUCCAUUUUUCCAUUCAGAGAGCUUCUUUUUCCAUUCAGUUGUUUAACUUCCUACCUGUUGGUUAAAUUUGUACAAACCUUGUGUAGGAGCUGCUGCCACACCAGGCUUGUUGUUAUGUUUACAUAUAUUUCUUUGGGUAGGAGACAACAUUCAUGUUCUGCUUCCAAGACUUGACAUGAAAUGUUAACUUUGACCUAUACUGGUUUUGAGGGCUGGUGGGGGCAGUGGUUAAUCCAGGCUGAAGGUUGCUUAGGCCAACCUGAUGAAGAAUUAGAAUUAUUUAUUUUUUCUAGGUUUAAGUGUGUCUCAUAAAUCCACUAACAAGAUACACUUACUAACAAAAGCAGCAGACUAGAGCCUGCAUGCCUGUAUCCUUUGCAUGCUGGGAUUAGCUUGUCUUAUACUCAGCAGGGGCUUGGAAAGGGGAAGGCAGGGGAGCUCUGGAUGAACUGGCACCUUGAUGCAUGGCUUUAGUGAACAACAGACAAUAUUUCACAGCUCCUCUGCAGUUGUGCUCCCAGCACAACAUGAGAGCCCCUGGGCAGGACCUCCAGAUUCGUUUUUGCCUCGUGUUGAGGAUAGCUGGAAGAUUUUUUCCAAGCCCUGUGCCUCCGCUGCUAUCAAGCUCUUUAGACCUCUUUGUAGAUUGGUGUUCAGGUUCCUGUGAGUGGGAUGGAGUCCCCAAGCCAGGAGUGUGUCUGCAGUGGGAAGGGCUGUUAGGGAGAGGGCUGGCUGUCACUGGGAGAGGUAAGCUUUCAGUCCUGAAGACACGCUUGCUUUUCUUUCAAUGGGUGCUUUUCAUAAGGCUAAGGGAAAUAGAUGGCUUUAAAAUUUCUCUGACUGCGUUGUGGGCUACUUUAGUUGACAGGAUCUGGCUGCUGAGGCCUGGAAGAUCCUCAUCCAACUUUUCAUUUUGGGCAAAACGGACCAGCGUUGCAUUCCACUGUCUUACUGCUUAAAACAUAUUUAUUUUGUAUUUAUUUGAACAGAGUUAUGUCAGACUAUUUUUAUAGACUUGUUUAAAUAUUGUUACUGUGCUUGUAUUUCUCCUGUUUUAAAAAGUUAUUUGUUCUCUUACAUCACACAGCUGAGUUGUGGGGAGGGAUGCUAAAGUCACUUUGCCCUUUGGGGCCUGAGCUGCCUUUCCCACAUUGGGGCUGUUGCUGGAGCACCUCAGCCCAGAGAAAUUCUGUAGCAAGAAGCCAUAGGGAAGAAGGGAGCUGGUGAGGAAGCAGUACCUGGGGAGGAGGGGAGAGGUUGCACAGGGAGGCUUGCCUUACUUUGGAAUUGCCUCUGUGCAUGGCUGAAAGGAUUUGAGGUGGAUGGCUGAAGUUGGGAAGUAGAAGGUUGGUGUAUGUUGGAUGUCACAACAGAUAAUUGAGAGUGAUCUUGGGGAAUUUUUAGGUAAGGGGGGAAGAGAGAAAUUUCAGGAUCUAAAGGAAAUAAGUUUCCAGAGAGAUGGAAGGAAAGUUGGAUGCAAGCUGCUGCGGUUGUGCUUUGAGGCUGAACCAGCUGAUCCUCCUGCCAAGCCAGUGCUCUUCACAUGCAAACUGUGGAGAUGUGUGAGAAAUCAGGAAAGGAUUUGCAAGCACUCAGCAGCUGCUUUUUCUGCUGGCAGUUUUUAGUGGUUUAUGGAGAGUCUUCCAGGUGAGGCUCUGCCUUGGCUACCCAGUGCUGUCAGUAGUUGGCCUUGUGGAAACCUAACCAACCUGGGUUAGUGAUAUGAUUUUUUUUUUUCCCCCCCCCCCCCCCCCACUUCUUGAGACCUAUCACAAAUUCUGCAGUGGCUCCUUCCUACCAGAGUGGCCUAAAGGAAAUAUGAAUAUCAGAAUGCAAAAAUCAAUGCAAAAUGACAACCAUCUUUGUAGCUGUAACCACAAAUUGUUAUAAUGCAAAUUUAACUUGGAUUCUUCAUGUAGGGAACAGUCUGCUAAUAAAGGUCUGUCAAAGAGAUACCAUG